CAAAUAUCAAAUAUAAAUACUUCCACUUUACACGCAGACCGAAUCAUUUCAUUUGCAUAAGUUUUGCUGCACCUCCCUUCUUCAAGCUUUGCAGGCACACUGAACCGAGUUCAUUUCUUGAGCUGAAAACCUGAAACUGAAGCACUUGCAGAUGACAAUGGAAGUUCGGGGAGGAGAUGAGAUUCAUAAUUGUGCGAUCAAGCUGAGAGAUAAUCCUGAGAAAAGAAGAGACAAGGUUUACAUUGGCUGUGGGGCUGGGUUUGGAGGUGACAGGCCUUUGGCAGCUCUUAAAUUGCUACAGAGGGUCAAGGAGCUGAACUAUAUCGUGCUUGAAUGUCUAGCAGAACGUACUCUUGCCGAGAGGUAUCAAGUUAUGGUGUCGGGUGGUGAUGGUUAUGACUCUAGGAUUUCUGAUUGGAUGCGGUUGCUUCUACCUUUGGCUGUUGAGAGUGAAACCUGCAUAAUCACCAACAUGGGUGCAAUGGAUCCACAUGGCGCACAAGAGAAGGUUAUAGAGAUCGCCGGCAGCUUGGGGCUGAACAUUUCUGUUGCUGUGGCUCAUGAGGUUUCUAUUACAAACACAGGUUCAGGAUCCUCUCAUGAGAAGUCAUAUAUCAUGGAAGGUGGUAUUAGCACGUAUCUGGGAGCAGCUCCAAUUGUCGAAUGUUUGGAAAAGUAUCAACCAAAUGUAAUAAUUACUUCACGGGUUGCAGAUGCUGCCUUAUUUUUAGCACCUAUGAUCUACGAACUCGGUUGGAACUGGGACAAUCUGGAGCAGCUAGCACAGGGGUCUCUGGCAGGCCAUCUUCUAGAGUGUGGCUGUCAACUAACAGGAGGCUACUUCAUGCAUCCAGGAGACAAAUCUCGAGAUAUGUCUUUAUCUCAGCUCCUGGAUUUAUCACUUCCUUAUGCUGAAAUUAGCUCUGAUGGAAAAGUAUGUGUGGCGAAGGCAGAGGGUAGUGGUGGAAUUUUAAAUAUAAGUACUUGUGCUCAACAACUUCUGUAUGAGGUUGGAGAUCCAGGUGCUUAUGUUACUCCUGACGUGACAAUUGAUAUUCGGGAUGUUUCAUUUUACCCGUUAUCAAGUUGUAAGGUUAUCUGUGCUGGAGCAAAACCAUCUGCAGUAUCAGUGCCUGAUAAACUGCUGCGGUUGGUUCCAAAAGACUUCGGUUGGAAAGGAUGGGGAGAAAUAUCGUACGGCGGAUAUGAAUGCGUUAAACGUGCCAAGGCUGCAGAGUUUCUGGUUCGAUCAUGGAUUGAAGAAGUAAUUCCUGGUGUUAGCAGCCAUGUAAUUUCAUAUAUAAUUGGGCUUGAUAGCUUGAAGGCAACCAGUCUUAGUGACAAUGCUUCAUCUCGGAUGGUUAGCGACAUCAGGUUACGCAUGGAUGGGUUAUUCAAGCUAAAGGAACAUGCAGUCCAAUUUAUUAGAGAGUUUACUGCUUUGUAUACAAAUGGACCAGCUGGUGGUGGUGGUAUCAGCACCGGACACAAGAAAGAGAUAAUCCUUGAAAAAUAUUUGGUCAAGCGGGAACACGUACUAUGGCGGACUGCAGUAAAGCACACCAAAGCGAUAGAUUCAAGUAAUUUAGGAAUCCGAGUUGAAGGUGGCACAAAUAUCUGUCCUCUGUAUGAGUCUGCAUUGCCAAUGACACAUUCUAAUGAAGUCAAUUCUUCUACAAAUUUGGAUAACCGAUUUUCUGGCAGUGCAAAAUCUCCUGCUCCAUCUGGUCGGAAGAUUCCACUCUAUGAUGUAGCACAUGUCCGGGCUGGAGACAAAGGAAAUGACUUGAAUUUUUCCAUCAUCCCUCAUUUUCCUCCAGAUAUAGUGAGAUUAAAGUCGAUCGUAACACCCCAGUGGGUAAAGCAAGUGGUCUCAGCCCUUCUAAACUCGUCUUCGUUCCCAGACAUGGAUGCUAUCAACGAAAGAGACAAAUGGAUCCAUGAAAAUGUAAAGGUGGAAAUUUAUGAAGUUAGGGGAAUCCGAUCACUAAAUGUUGUGGUUCGGGACAUUCUUGACGGUGGUGUAAACUGCUCUAGAAGGAUUGACCGACACGGAAAGACCACCUCAGAUCUCAUACUGUGCCAGCAAGUUGUGUUGCCUCCAUGGUUGGGUCGUUCCAAUACUCUUAUAGCAUGAUUUCCUCUAAUGGGGUGACUUAUGAUUUAAUUCUUGUAUUCUAGAGUUGAAUGUGAAACAUUUUGAUUCUCAGAAUUCUUGGUUUUGAUGAUUUGUAAGUUAUGUUUUCAUUCAGAUAAAGAGAAAAAGAGUCAUGUAUUCCAACUUCUAGCAACGUAUGUGCUGCUGAAGAAUGGAAAAAGUUCCACAUCGAAAAAUUGACAAAAUAAAAUACGAUGUAUAAUGGUCUUAUUACCAAAUUGCACUGAGACUUUUUAUAAUGAAA